UCUUUGGGAUUCCGUCAUUUUAGCGUAUGUUUAGAUAGAGCUAUGUGAUGAAAGUUAGUUUGUUAAUUGAUUGAGAAAACGCUGCAUCGUAUUGGAUUGAAACUUUACGUUUAUACUGAAAUAAAGGCAUAAAAUGGAAGAUUGUAGCGAUUUAGAUCGGCAGAUUGAACAGUUGAGAAGAUGUGAAAUUAUCAAAGAAAGUGAAGUAAAAGCUCUGUGUGCUAAAGCUCGAGAAAUACUUGUAGAAGAAAGCAAUGUGCAAAGGGUCGAUUCUCCUGUUACUGUUUGUGGUGAUAUUCAUGGACAGUUCUAUGAUUUGAAAGAGCUUUUUAAAGUUGGUGGAGAUGUUCCAGACACAAAUUACCUUUUCAUGGGCGAUUUUGUUGAUCGAGGCUUCUACAGUGUUGAAACAUUUUUAUUACUUCUGGCAUUAAAAGUAAGGUACCCUGAUCGCAUAACUUUGAUCCGUGGAAAUCAUGAAAGUCGACAAAUCACUCAGGUGUAUGGAUUCUAUGAUGAAUGUCUGAGGAAAUAUGGAUCUGUUACUGUUUGGAGAUACUGCACAGAAAUUUUUGAUUAUUUAAGUUUGUCUGCAGUAAUUGAUGGAAGGAUUUUCUGUGUCCAUGGAGGUCUUUCGCCAUCCAUUCAAACACUUGACCAAAUUCGCACCAUUGACCGAAAACAAGAAGUUCCUCAUGAUGGACCAAUGUGCGAUUUGCUUUGGUCAGAUCCAGAAGAUACACAAGGCUGGGGUGUCAGCCCAAGAGGUGCUGGAUAUUUAUUUGGAAGUGAUGUUGUCGCACAGUUUAAUACUGCUAAUGACAUUGACAUGAUUUGUAGGGCCCAUCAGUUGGUUAUGGAAGGUUAUAAAUGGCAUUUCAAUGAGACUGUUCUAACUGUUUGGUCUGCACCUAAUUAUUGUUAUAGAUGUGGGAAUGUUGCUGCAAUUUUAGAGUUAGAUGAGCAUCUACAAAGAGAAUUUACCAUUUUUGAAGCUGCACCUCAGGAAACAAGAGGAAUUCCUACCAAGAAACCCCAACCAGAUUACUUCUUAUAAGGGUUUAUUUCCUUUGCAAGUAUGUCCAGCAUAACCACUGGUUAGAUGCUUGUACAACCUUCCAUGUGUACGGGCCCAUUUGUGGAGUAGCCAAGACUAGUUUUGAAACUGUGCCAGUUGGAAUAUGGAAAUUAUUUAAACAUGUACAGUUGCCAUGCGUAAUUUCUUGGAAGUAUAUUUUAUCUUGAGUAUUAAAUUGUAAUUUUUUAAAUGAAAUGUCCUGUACAUAUGUCUCACAUUAGUAUUUCUUUUCAUUCUUACUCUUGUACAAUCUUUUACAUGUCAAUGAAGUUCAAAAUAAAUCUCAACUUUGUCUUA